GCGAAAAAGCACACAGCAGCAGUGGAUUCGCGUUUUCCUCGCACGAUUGGUUUCGUUUAUCUAGCGACCGAGCCCGUUUUAUUUCUCCCGAAGUGCGUGUUUUUUGAGUCGGUCGGGCGUGUGUGAACCGUUCGAACAGAAUACAGAGCUCAAAGUUGAGAUUGUUGUUUAUUGUGCAUAAUUUUAGUUUAGUUUGACACGGGUGUUGGGCGUGCUAGAUUUUGCCUUUGAAUCGAAAAAGUGCUACUCCAAAAGUGGAAUUUUCUUGUUGGAAUAUUAAAGAAGAAGAGUUGAAGCGGUGUGGAAAACAAAGAGGAGACGAAAUUACUCAUCGCAAGACAGCAGUACUAGAUUUAUAGCUGACCAGAAGUGCGACAAAGGUUCAUUCACUCGUUCUCUGUCAACCCUGACCGUUGAGUGAACACAUCAGCAACUCUCACUGAAAGUGUCAGAAAAAGCAGCCGAAAGAAAUUCGUACAAGUGUCAAACAGAAAAACCUAAAGAGUGUAGUGAGUGUUGUGCGAUAACAUAAAAGGUAAUAGUUGUAGAAAACUAGGAAAAUACUCGCUAGGCAAGGUUGAAUAUUUUGUUUUUCUGAAAAAUAUUCCAUCACCUUGAACGGUACGACGUUUAGAACAGAUACUUUUUUUAGAAAGGCAACUACGAUAGUGUGCUUUUUUCCGGUACGGAUCGCAACACAGCACAAUCCGAAAAAAUGGCAGAUAUAGAUGAUGUGAUAAGUGAUCAGGAGAAGAUCCGUAUCGUGAACGAUUUCAUCCUGCACGCACCGCCAGGAGAGUUUAACGAGGUGUUUAACGAUGUUCGGGAAUUACUGAACGACGACCGGCUGCUCAAGGAAGGUGCGAGCUCCGCAUGUGCCCAGUACAAUAAGGAUCAGCUCACACCAGUAAUACUAGAGGGUUCCGAGCUUGCCGUGCUCGUCACAGAGUUCAACGAUCUGGGUGGUGGUCGGUAUUUUGACCCUCGGACGAAACAGAGCUUCAAGUUUGACCACCUACGCAAAGAGGCCUCGGACCUACAGAAUCACGACGGUGAUCACAUUUCGGAGCAAUGGCGUGCGAUGUUAGACAUCGAGUCGCUGACAUACAGUGCGAACCACUACCGCAACGGAUCCUGCUCGACCUACGGCCGCACCAGCAACGGACAGAUAACGUUAAAUGUGUGCAUCGAAGACCACCAGUUCCAGCCGAAAAACUUCUGGAACGGUCGGUGGCGUUCGGUGUGGUCGAUCAGCUUCCCAGCGACCGGCGGUGGAACGGCCGAGCUGAAAGGAAUGCUCAAACUGCAGGUGCACUACUACGAGGACGGUAAUGUGCAAUUGGUCUCGUCAAAAGAGUGCCGCGAGUCGGUAGUAAUUACGAACGAAGCUACCACCGCCAAGGAGAUCAUACGACUGAUUGAGGAAAACGAGCACGACUACCAGACAGCAAUAUCGGAAAACUACCAAACAAUGUCGGACACGACCUUCAAGGCGCUCCGGAGACAGCUUCCGGUCACUAGAACUAAGAUCGACUGGAGUAAGAUAGUGUCGUAUAGUAUUGGUAAGGAACUGAAAACGCAGUAGAGGGUGUGCGCGGGUGUUUCGUGAUGGGUGGGAGGGGCUAGGUCAGGUCGAUAUGAACAUUAUGCGAAAACAUAUGUACAUCAUUGCAUAGCGUAUCGAAAGAUGAAUAAAAAAACAGGGGGAACGUGAUUUUGGCAUGCACAGGUCUAGCCAGUCUAGCGAGUAACCGUGUGUGCGGCACGAACGAAAGUCAGCGAAAAAUUAUAACAAAUUUAACAAUUAUUUCCAAAAAAAAACGCAAAAAUAUUCGAAACAAAAAUAUCGUCUUUUUACAAUAAACGUACGCUAGAAACAAAAAAAAACAAACAAAACAAAGCAGACUUACACUUUAAACGAUAGGGAAAUACACAAUGAGAAAGGAAGCCAAUUGUUCUGCAAGAGAUUAGUUUGUCAUCGCUGUAAAUGCAUCGCUCUAGGGAUAAAUGAAAAUGUUAAUCUAGUGAACAGAUAGACACAAACCAACAAGAAAUCAAUUAUAUACAGCAAACAGAAUCAACUCUACACUCCUUAGUAGCAAAAAAAAUGGAAACUCGAAUUCACCGACAACGUUUGACCGACUAGUGAACUCUUUCUACUCGAUAAAGUUUAGCCAGUUUCGCACCAACCUCGAUGGAACAAAUACCAGGUCGGCCGUAUGCUGCCGGCGAGCUGCAUCCAUAGUUUAAAUUUAGUAGUAUACCGUAGAAAAGCGGUAGACAUUCAAUUUGAUAAGAAGUGUUAAUGCGCUCAAUAGUUUAAUGUACACCGCCGGUACCCGUCCCUUAGUUUCCCUUAGUCUUUUCCGUGUUGUUCUAGCAGACACCCGCAGUCGGGAGGGUUUUUCAUCCUUCCUCUCCCUCCGGUCUACUCUUUCCGGUCGGUAGAAUCCUACCGCCUACUGCCUACAGCACAAUUUCAUUCCGAAAGUGUUCACACUUAGCGUACUUUGUGUGUCUUUUAGUCAUGGCUCGGGCCAGCGAUCGUGAUGUGUUGUGAUUGGUGCAGGUAUCGGCACACUAUCUUAUCGGCCAGCCAGUCAGCCGCCAUAGCCGCCUUUGGACUAGCGGAUCUAACGCAAACGUUGAUAAGAUUUGUGUAAAUUUUAGAUGCCGAAUUGGACUACUCUUGAAAUUGUAGAAAUCAGUCAGUCACACAGGCUAGCGAUAGUUCGAUUUUAUACAGAUAGCGUAUUUAUAAUACGAUAUCUGUCUAGGCAAAUUGCGACUUGGCUUAACAUUUGUAGAUAGCAAAAAGGAUCAUAAUGAAAAUUCGCACUUUCAAAAUGCAUUCCCAAAACUCGAGUUUUUGUUUCGAUUAUCAUCUAAUUUUCAGAGUAAAAAGAAACAAUUUAUGUGAGUUUUGGCAUCAUUCAUAUAAUAAUUUAUUUCGACUUUAUAUCCAAAUGCGCGAGUUUUGGCCUUAAGGGCUGAGGACAGUACCGUAAAGUGGUAGGUUUUUUGCUAUUUUCCCGUUUCAAAUUAAAUUCUCUUGGAAACGGUGCAGAAUAUAGAAAAACCCACCUGACAAUGUCUUCGAAAUUUAGUUGAAAAUAUUCUGUGAAAUUUUCAGAAUGAAUGUUGUAUUUUUUCUGACUGAAGAACUGCUGAAAAUUGGAACGCUCGGAAAUGCAUACCUCUACUUGUUCAUCGAAUAUCUCGGCUUUGAAGGCUUGUAUCAUAAAUCUACCGUGACAAAAUCUAGAUAAUUUAGUUUAGAUGCGAUUAGUACAUAAAAACAUAUAUGUUAUCGCGAUAAAAAAAAGUCUUGUAUUUUUCUGUGAAACAAAGUCAGUUUCAAUGCAUCCGCCAUUUUUUUUUCACUUUGGUUUCCUGAUAGCAUUCUGAAAAAGGAGAGAGAAAUAAAAUUGGCUCGACAAGGCUGCCAAACACACAUACAUUCAAUCUUUGUGAAAGUUGAAUAUUUUUUCAUUGUUCAUUGGAAUCCAUGUAAUGUCCAACCCAUACGAUAGAUUAAUGUGAUAAAACUUCUCAUCAAAACAAUAAAAUGUAUGCUGGCAACCCGGUACAGUUUGCCCAUAUACGAGAGAGUACAAGAGAAAUGCGAUGCGCAAAGGGAAUUCAGCGAGCCACGUGGUCGAUUUAAAACUCAACACGUCGCCCUCUGUCCUCAGGCCUUAACAUCUGUCACAUAAAGUUUUACACGACCACAUAAUCGACGGUUUUUUUGCAUAUUAAGUGGGGCAAUCUUUUACAAUUUCAUUUAGGGGUGGGCACAUAACCGUUUUUACUUUUCUUUACAUAGUCUCAGUGCAGAGCAGUUCAAAUUGAACUGCUUAGUGCAAACUCAAACAGUUCAAUUUGAACCGCUAAGCAGACGUAAAGUUAAUGCUAUUUGCAAAAAACCUUUUCAAUUUGCGCCGAAGUUUUCGUUCGGCACGUCAGAAAAGACAGCGGUUCAAUUUGAACUGUUUAAGUUUGCACUAAGCAGUUCAAUUUGAACUGCUCUGCACUGACGAGUCUAAGACGAAACGUAACGAAAAGUUUAAAAAUUGUUUUUUUUUUAAUUUAAUGCUUUAAUCGAUAGAUAUAGAACAUCAUUGCAAAUUAUUGCAAAGUUUUAAAGACGAAUUCCGAAUACUUUUGAAGAUAUAGUUGUUUGAAUUUUCGCGCGCCAUGCCAUUUCUUCGAAGCGUAUGUACUAUAAAGUGCGCUUUCUCGAAAUCGCCGAUUGACGCACAAAAAUUAAAUUACUGAACCAAUCGACACGAACCUUUUCCAAUUUUGUUAGAUGUUAUACAGAGAAAUGUGUGCACCUCUUAAAUGCAUUAAAAAUUUGUUUUAAAUAUUUUAUUUUUCAUAAAAACAACUACAAACAGUUUGGAAUUCGAUAUAGUGGGAACAAGAAGACGACUUUUCAAAACCAGCCUUGGGAGAUACUCAUUAUGUCUGCCAUUUUGAAUUUAUUUAUAUUUACAAAAGUUGUUUUUUUCUUAUUCUCAAACGUACAUCUACAGAUAUUAUAAAAAAGGAAUUUUUCUGUGCCAUUUGUUCUGUUUCUGUUCAAUAAAAUAAAGAAAAUGAUCCAACCGUUUCAUAGAGUGCCCCCUUUCAACAACAUUUCUUAUACAUUCUUCACUACUUUAGGUAAUUUUUGAAAAGUGCUUCUUCAAAGUGCCCUAGUAGUUUUCUAUUGGACCAGUGCAGUGAAACUUCAUUCAAUUCAAUUGAAACUGAAUGUGGAACACAUUGACGAUUUCUCUACUGCAGUAAACUUCACUCUCGGACACACACAAUGUUCAGAUCAUCCGGUUUGAAAACGACAAGAUUCGCUUCAUACCACUCUAGCCCGUCCUUCAUGCACUAGCAUGAUGCUCAAACCCACCAGAAGAUCGUCGGACCGUCAUAAGCCUUCAGGAGAGAAAAAAGCUUAGAAACACAACUCUUAAUUCAUUCAUGGUGUUUGCGGUAACAACAAGUUGUACUCCGUUUGAUUUCGUUGACUUCUGGCUGUGCAACUUCCGGACAUGGCAUUUUGCGACCGAAUUCUGUUUCUCAUUUGAAGACUUCUGAACUUUAAACGUGUUCAGUCUAGCUCUAGUUUUUCUAUUCUGCACAUAAUUCUUGCUCACAUGCAACUUUUAGCCAUAUCUCAAACUGAGGUGUUCGGUUUCUGUUUAAAGGCCGCGUUUGUGAUCGACGGCUUUUAGCUACCGAUUUUUAUUAGAUUGCAACCUUUUUCUGAUAGCGCGAUGUGACAGAUUCUCAAACUACCCAUGCGAAAGUUUUCCACUUUCUUUCUUCACCAUUUGGAAAACUUUUGCGCUCUUGAUGGAAUCAACUCACAGAGUGUAAACAAUACACAUUAAACUAUGUUUACGUAAACUUUAAUAAAUGUUACACAAUGGAUAAAAAAUUAGAGUAAUUUGAGUGUGUGCGUAUUUUUAACGGUACACCUUUUAUCUAAAGCUCUAAAGGGUAUUCGUAGCCGAAAUAAAAUGUAUUAUUUCUACCAAUGAUGCUUGAAUUGUUUCAUAUUCUAAUACUCUAACGCUGAGUACGAUUGAUUUUGAUAUCCAAAAAAAUACCGAAAUAUACUUGCUUUGUGAUUUAUAUCAUUCAUUUAUUAUGGUUUAUAAGAAGUAUACAAGCUUCAAAUGGGCGUGUCUGCUACAGGAUCUCAGCUGGCUACUGAGUCCUUAGAAAGCCCUAUUAGCAGCUGUAGCAUGCAUUUUCACCUCACAGCGAACAUAAUUAUCGCAUGUCACUAGUGUUCCAAGAUAUAUGAACUAUUCAACAACCUCGUAACAUACCCCAUCAUUACCCUCUUCGGGUCCUACACCGUUUGGUCUUGGUAGAGUUUAUUGUCAACCCUAUUCUAACGCUGCCUCUCUCUGGAAGGGCACAAAGGCCUCUUCCACAGCUCUACUAUCCACACCAAUAAUAUAAAUGUCGUCCGCAAAAUCAAGAAGCACGUGAGACUUAUUGACGAUAGUUCCGCUUCUCUGCAUGCCGGAUUUUCGUAUCGCACCUUUGAGCACUAUAUUGAACAACAUAUUUGAGAGCGCGUCGAUCUGCUUUAAUCAAUCUAACGUCACGAAAGCAUCGGAUGUCUACCAGCUAUCUUGACGCUUGAUUUUGAUCCAUCGGGCAUUGUUCUCUAUUUGUCGAUGUACACACUCGACUUGUAUCUUUUGGCGAGUAUUGAACUACCGAAUAAUUUUAAUAAUUUUUAACACUGGGAUCUCUUUUGAGAGCGGUUUUUUUAAUACGGUUUCUUUUUACGCGGAUUUCCGAAGUUACGCGGUUUUCUUAGGCGGAUAUCCAAAGUUAUGCGGAUUUCCAAAAUUACGCGGUUUUUUUCGGCAUCAAAAAAAAAAAUUUCGAUUCUGGAAGUCUCCUAAUUUUUGUAUGUCCCAAAGUCGAUUUUCACAAAAAAAAUGUUUUUUGAGAUUGCACCAGAUCUGGACGUUUCAUGCGUUUCUAAGCAAUUUAGCAUUAAACUUUUUUUUUAUUAGUUUGAAGGUUUUUUUACGCGAAUUUCCGAAGUUACGCGGAUUUCCAAAGUUACGCCUUUUUUUUUGCACGGUUUUUUUACGCGGUGCGUAUCCCCGCGUAAAAAGAUACCUCAGAGUACUGAUAUACCAGCACAAAUAAACUUUUGCUGACUGCAGUACCCCAAACUACUGCUGUGAUGAAACGUUUUUUUAACUGAAAAAAUCACUUUUCGAGAUUUGAACAACUGAGCACGGUAAUCCAAUUUAAGUGUUUAGGAUUACAGCAUCAUCACUGUUUCGGAUUUCAACAUAGAUUCUGAGAUCAUCGGCAAGCGGUAAAAUUAAAUAUUAAAUUCACAUUAUUAAAUUAAAGUAGGAAGAUCAACGAACCUAAAUGACUGCCUUGUGGAAUUCCGGAAGAGACGAGAAACGCUUAAAAAACAUGAUGAUUCUGGAAGGCUACCUCAGAAACGGGAAUGAAAAUUAGUGCCAAUUCAGCUUCCAACUAGCACCGAAAUUAUUCUUCAGCAUACAGUGCAAUAUACGAAUCCAACAAAUUCGGAAUUCAGAAGAUAUUUCUAACAACCAUCUAAUGUGUAUUGGUAGUUCAAUAUUAAGACGUCUACGAGUGGCAUGUCAUCGAUGAUUUUUGCCGUAGUGUACUUAGAGUGUGAUAUGUUGUACUUCAUCAUUAAUUCUUGUUAGGUCCCUAAACCGUUGCAGUUUCGACUUUUGAGAGACUUUUUUGAGUUAUAUUUGUCGAUCGGUUACUAUGCAUAAAAAGAUGCUGAUUUUAUUCAAAUUCUAAUAAACAAACGAACAAUUGUUACAGAUUUUUUUGUACAGUUACAUGAGGAUCCAUUCAAUUCACAACACGUUCACGUCGUUUCGCAUUGUCCCCAGUGGAAACAAUUUGUUUAGUCAAAAUAAAUCAUUGUAUGAUUUCCAACUUCAAUUCAAAACGAAUGGCAAUGCUGUGUGAUAGAUACAAGAUCGCACGGAUUCUGCAGAAACGAGCCAAUAAAUACUUCCGUAACCACCAACUAUUGCUCCUGUCCCCCUGAAAUGUUGUAGAGCAGUGUAGCAUAAAUAAAACAUAAACAAAUACAGUAUCAAAUGCACCGCUCCGUGUCGCGUACCGCCACAAACAAUAGAAUUAAAUCGAAUCCAGCGAAUGGGCGCGGUUCAAAUAGUAGAUCGAUAGAGUUGACGAAUGUCUCCACAAAGAGCUGACUGCGUGGAACGUUCAACAGGAUAACAAUUAAGUAAUGACGAUCGCAAAAACGAAAACAAGAAAGCAUGAUACAUGAUGAAUAAUAAAACAUGAGUAAAACAAUAGUGACAGAUACGCAUAUACACUGAGACGACAAAACGUUAACGUUAGAAAAAUGAAUAAACAAACGAUAAACAGCCAGACAGCACACAACACAUGCAUGAACCGUUGAGUAAUUAUGAGGUAAUUCAAACAUGAAAACAGGCAAGGAGAAAAAAAUAACUAUAUUAAAAUGAAAAAGUAAUAAAAAUAAUGUAUAUUUAAUUAUUAUUACAUAUAUAUGAAAAUUAAAUAAAAAAUUCAUAUAAAAAUGCGGUUCUCACGA